AUGGGGGGAUCUAUUGGAAAAGUUUUAAAUUACUUAUACAUAGUUGACCAUGGUGAAGCAACAACUGAUUCUAAUCUCAAGAAAGCUAAGAUUACGUGCAUGUUAUCGUCAACUCAAAAACCUACGAAACAUAACCCUCACUGGAAACACCUUGAGCUUCAGAAACCAGGUGAAGAGUUACGUAUAAGCAACCUCAAGGCUGGUGCAAAGUUCAUUCACGAAUCCAGAUGUAGUCGGGAAAAUAUCGCUGUGAUAAUUGAACCAAACAAUCAUGAAUCUGCAGCUUUUAUUAUUACAUAUUUCACUAUUUUAAGUGGACUACCUGUAGCAUUAACUCGAAAAGCUGUUAUGAAAUGUAGAGAAAAAUUAGAUAUUACUAAUGAAUAUGAUCCUUUAAUUGAAUCAAUGCAAAAAUCGACUACACCAAAAGAAUUACGUGAUGAAUUAUUCAAAGGUACAUCUGGUUAUACAGAAGAUAGAUUAAUUGAAGAUUUACGUAAAAUUUAUCAAUUAGCUGAAUUAGAUCCACCAUCAUCAUCAGAAAUUUUUUUGGAAACAAGACGUGAAAGUAUAAAAUUAGGAUCACCUACAACAAAUAGUUCAUCUAAUCAAUUAUUUAAACGUUUAUCCAUUGAUAUAAAUAAAAAAGAAUCAAUUAAUGAGAAAACUAUUAGUUCAUCUAAUCUAAAUGAUAAAACAUCAGAACUAGUUCUAAAUGAAUCUGAUCAUGAUAUUAAACAAGAUCCAUCAACAACAACACCACAUCAUAAUCAUCAUUCAACAGAUCAUAAUAAUUCUAUAUUAAAUGAUAUGAAACAUGAUCUACAUCAAAUGGAUCAAAUCAAUAAUAAUAAUAAUAAUAAUAGUAAACUUCAAAAUGGUACCGUUCCUACUUCAUAUGAUUAUAAUAAAGAAAUUGGUAGUACAAAAUCAUCAAAUCAAUUACAUAAUACCGAUAUGAAUACUACACAUAAUAAUAAUAAUAAUGAAAUUAAUAAUUAUAAUAAUAUAAAUAAAUUAAAACCGUUUAAAGUAACAAUUAGUUAUGCUUUAACUCAUGAAUCUACAGAAGCUGAUGCUGUUGAUGAAUAUUUAAAAAAUACUAGUGCACAUGAACGUGAUCAAUUUAGAAAACAUGUAAUCAUUACACAUGCUUAUUCAAAAAUUGAUGAUCAUAUUGAUCAGAUAUAAUAUUUAAAAAAAAUUAAUAAUUGAAUGGAUCAAUGAAUGAACAUUGAAAAAACAAAACAAAAUACAUAUUAUUA